CUCCUAGGAACACACUAUAUAAGGCGGCCAGUCCGGGCUCUCGGUACACGCGUUUCCAACUUCGGUUGGUGUGUGUCGAAGAAUCCUGACUGCGAGCUGAGGAAAGCGACCCAGCCAGCGGGGAGAAGGUCCACCGAGCCUCGCCGAGGUCCGCUGUGCGGGCUGCGGUCCGGAGUCUCUCCGGACCGCGGUCAACCAGUGGACCGUCGCCGGGCCAGGUGUGGGACCCCGCCGUCUCCGUGACCGUUCCUGUCAUCGCAGAGGAGUCCUCGCGUGAACCAAGAAGCGGAGACCCCGAGUGCCCCAGAAUACUGGGCACUCUUCCACCAUGGCCGAGGCGGCGGCAGGUGGUUCCUGCCCGCCCCCUCCUCCUCCUCCUCCCCCCAACAACAACAACAACAACAACAAGCCCCCAGGCAGGCAGUCCAGGCAGGCCCGCAGGAGCAACCGUCGUCUCCGCUACCGGCCCGACGUGGGAAUUGACUCCGAACCCGAAGAGCCUCAGACCCAGGCCUCUGGAAGCAGUGAAUCUGAAUCCGAGCUGCAAGGCGCUGCAGCAGCCGCUGAUCCACUCUUUUACGUCGAUGAAGAAUCCCUGCAAUACCUUCCUGAGAAGUUUGACGGCAACCCCGACGCGGUGACCCCGUUCAUCGCCCAGUGCCAGAUCUUCAUGGAGAAGAGCACCCGAGAUUUCUCAGUUGAUCGCAACCGUGUGUGCUUCGUGACAAGCAUGCUGCUCGGCCGAGCUGCCCGCUGGGCUACUGCCAAGCUGGAACGAUGCGGCUACCUGAUGAACAACUACCGUGCCUUUAUGAUGGAGCUGAAGCACGUCUUUGAAGACCCUCAGAGGCGUGAAGCUGCCAAACGCAAGAUCAGACGUCUGCGCCAGGGCAUGGGCACUGUUGGAGAAUACGCCGGUGCAUUCGAGUCGAUUGCCCAGGACCUGGAUUGGAACGAGAGCUCCCUGGUUGACCAGUUCCUCGAGGGCCUCAACACAGACAUCCAUUCCGAGCUGACCCGCCGCACCGAGGUUCCCACCAACCUCAAUGAUCUCAUCCGACUCUGCCUCCACAUCGAGAGGAGGCUGGCCCGUGCUGCUGCCGAGGCUGCUAACAAGCCCCGCGCCGACCCACCCCGCGCCCUGGUGGCGCCCCAGAGCCACCAGGCUGAUCCCACCGAGCCCGUCGGAGGUGCCCGCAUGCGCCUCACCCAGGAAGAGAAGGAGCGCCGCCGCAAGCUCAACCUGUGCCUGUACUGCGGCAGCGGAGGCCACUACGCCGACAACUGCCCCGCCAAGGGCUCCAAGAAUUCACCGUCGGGAAACUCCCCGGCCCCGCUGUAGAGGGACCUUCAGCGACUGGGCCGGAAAGAACAAGGUCCCCACCCCCCGAGGCUCCGACCGCGCACCUGCAGGUGAUGCUCCAGGUCCAUAUCCCGGGCAGACACACCCUGUUCGUCCGAGCUAUGAUCGACUCUGGCGCCUCCGGCAACUUCAUCGAUCAGGACUACGUCAUCCAAAACGGGAUUCCUCUAAGAAUCAAAGAGUGGCCAAUCAUGGUGGAAGCAAUCGAUGGGCAUCCCAUAGCCUCGGGCCCAAUCGUUCUGGAAACACACCACCUGAUUGUUGACCUGGGUGACCACCGCGAAGUACUGUCUUUUGACGUGACGCAGUCUCCGUUCUUUCCCAUCGUCCUGGGAGUUCGUUGGCUGAGCACGCACGACCCGCACAUCACCUGGAGCACCCGCUCCAUCGUCUUCAACUCCGAUUACUGCCGAUUCCGCUGCCGGAUGUACUCCCAGGUACCUCCCGCGCUGCUGUUCCCGGUGCCCCACCCACCGCACCCUCCGUUCUUCUACCACACGGAUGGAUACCGAGUUUACCACCCCGUGAGGUACUACUACGUUCAGAAUGUAUACACGCCAGUGGAUGAGCACGCCUACCCGGGUCAGCGGCUGGUUGACCCUCACAUCGAAAUGGACCCCGGAGCACACAGCGUUCCCGGCGGACACGUGUACUCCUUGUCUGAAACCGAGAUGGCUGCCCUGCGAGAGUUCGUGGACAGGAACGUGAAGAAUGGACUCAUGACCCCCACCGUCGCUCCCAACGGAGCCCAGGUCCUGCAAGUGAAGCGAGGAUGGAAACUCCAGGUCACUUACAACUGCCGAGCUCCACACAACUGCACAGUCCAAAAUCAGUACCUUCGGAUGUCUCUUCCCAACGCGGGAGACCAGGCGCACCUGGCAAACUACAGUGAAUUUGCCCCUCACGUUCACGGGUACCACCACCACCACCACCACUACCACCACCACCACCACCUCCCCGCCUAUGCGACCUACGCAGGCCACCACAUGAUGUUUGCGUGGUACCCAGUGGGGCGAGAUAUACACGGAAGAAUGAUCCUCACGCCUGUUGUGAUCACCUGGUGCCCACAUGGGUACCACCAUCAUCCUCACCCAGUACCCCAGUAUCCUCCUCCGCAGCCACCACCCCCGCCUCCGCCCCCGCCGCCCCCGCCGCCCCCGCCGCCUCCAUCCUACAGUACCUUGUAAAUACCUACAGUGUCCUUCGGAGAGACUCUGCCCUCUGCUUUCUCCUGUGUAGCUUCUCAAUCAGUGACUGUGUGCUACCGGAUCUUCAGGCCACUUCAGGCACAAAGGCACACGGGGCUAAAGUCAGUUUUCCACCUUGACUGCCAAUGGACUCUAAGUUGACAAGGCCUGGCCUGGGUUUUACGUCUCAAUCGCCGGCUGCCAAACUUCUUUACAGAGAAGCUGAUGCAAACACAGGACAUGCUGAUUUCUUACAGAGGGGGAAAAGAGGAGGAGGAGGACACGACCCGCCCCUACGGGCGCCUUACUGAAGGAAGCCACACUUGCUGGUGCAGCAUGGAAAGGCUUCCGUGAUUCUCUUGCUGCACCCUCUGGAACUUCACCAUCUUCAGACUCCAUCUUCAUGGUUCCGUUAAUUUUCAAGGAGCAGCAACUUGACUGGUUCUUUGCAACACGAAACACCUCAGCUUGAAAAGGAAGUGCUUUCUUAGAUAGACUUGUGAGUGUGCCUUCGCAUUCUGGUGCAGAUCACAUGUACCCAAGAACUCUGGUGUUGACACAACAUCUUACCAUCAUCAUACCAGCAGUGUCUGCCUCCACAUGCAUGGGGCAUCCCAUCAGCCUGUAUCGUGAGGAUGUUUAGAGAGGGGAAAUGAUUUUGCACCCAGAUCCACACUCCCAUCGUACAAGAUGUAUUUGAAGAAGAAUUAGAGCACUGGACAUCAACUUGAAGAUACUGGCUUUUUAAGAAUGAGGUCUUUUGCUACUACCUUGAAACAUUUGUCUAACCUCUUUCUGUUUGAUUCUCCACUACUGCCAUUAAGCCUGCUGCAGGAUUUGUCACCUUCCUGCCUGACUGCUGACUCCAUUUUGCUGCCAAGCACGGAGAUGAAAGAGGCAGGCCUGACGGAGCAUGUGUUUCAGCACAGUCUCCAGUUGCCAAACAGUUUGAGCAGUAGUGGUUAUUGUUUUGUCUUAAUGGUGAAGUUUCCUUUUCCUUGCAUGUUUAAGUAGUUCAGUAGUUUUUUUUUCUUUUAAGUAUGUUAUUUUCAAGUGUUGGCUAUGCUUUCAGAAUUUCCAUUGAAUUACAAAGUACUAUCCGUACAAUACAAUCUCAGUUCUAUCAGUUCGGCCUUUAAAAUUCACACACACACACACACACACACACACACACACACACACACACACACAAGGAUAUAAAAAUCCAAAAAAGAAACCUAAUUGACUAUUGUUUUUUUGUUCAAUGGGAUCAGAAAGCUGGUCAGUUGUCAUGUGUUUUACAUUAAUUACUUUUAAAUGGUGCAUUUGUGCUUCUGAUUUUUUGUGAAGCAUCACUUCAGUUUACCUCAGAACUCAAUUCCAUCCUUCAUUCAUUUUAAUUGAUUUGACUUCAAGCUGCAGAGUACCUAGAAGUGGGUCAUCAUCUGCAGCCCUGGCAUGGACACACGGACAUUUGCCACAACUGCAAGCAAGUAUUUGGAGAAGCAGUCAGGGAGGACAUGCUGGUGUGACUUCACACCUCACAGACAAUAUCCCUGACACACAUUGGAUUGUUUUGUGAAGCUUGCCAAUGACUUUCGGCAGUGUGUCCUAUGCUCUGUUCCUAUAUAUACUAGCUAUAAAUGUUAGGUGUUAAGGAUAAGUAAUCUUCAAUUUGCUCUAUAAUGCUGAAAUUUUGUUAAGUUUCCUUUUAGUUUUUUAGGUUUGUUAAGUUUCCUUUUAUUUUGCUUCUGUUGAUCAAAUUUAUAUUAAUCGUUCUUUUUAUUUUUUCUUUUAUUUGGCAUUUCCAACAAAAAUGCCUUUAUUCAUUUAUUAGGAAAGAAAGAUAAGUUGGAAAAGGAGGAAAAUACAAAUUGACAAAAUUAACUAAUUGACUGUAGGCCCAAAUUUUUAUUUUUCAUUAAUUAAUGAUGAAGGGGAUGUGAGAGUUCCUAUUGCUCAUCAUGAAGGUCAUCAUGAAGAGUCAGUUUAGUUUGAACCUGGAGGCAUUUGACUGAGAUACUAAUUUGAAAUGGGCAUCUGUAUGGUGCAGUCUAGACUUGUGUUUAAGUUUGCAGGUACUUCCUGGACUCCUGAACUGAUCUGGCUGUCGCACAUCAUCAGCAUCCCGCAUCCCGCACAGUUACGAGAUUGGCACCAGAGAGCACCCUGUUGGAGAGGCCUGAGCCGUCAUGAAGGACCACCUGCAGAAGAGAAGUGUCUGCAGGAACCGUGCUACAUAUUCAGCUGGAGAGGGAACACGCAUCUGAUGGGAAUGGAAGCUUUUGCUUGUCUCAGAUUGUAGAAUGUUUUUGAGUUGAUUUUGAAUGUUGCAUUGUUUUUCUUUUUUUCUAUAGUCAAUUAAGUAAUAGGGGCUACAUAAUCAUUAAGAAUUUUAGGCUGGGAGGGACUAUUAAGUAAUUUAGGUGGGUGGGUAAGUUAGGGGAUAAGUUAGGAUAAGAUAGGAUAAGUUAGGAUAAGAUAGGAUAAGUUAGGAUAAGAUAGGAUAAGAUAAGAUACAACAAGAAGUGGACACGUGUACUUAUUUGUCACUCUUACCCCUCCCUACAACCUUACCUUUAAGAUUCUACUCAGAGGGAACUGCAGGGAAAUUAACAUUUUAUAAGUGAAUUGGACAUAGAUAAAAUUCUAGUGAAACUUCAAAGAUGAUUAGAUUAAUCUAAUAAAGGCCCUAGGAAUUAACUCCAGGGAUAGAUUGUGAGUAAACCCUGAGAGAGCUACCAAAUGAUAGGCAUCAUUGAGAAACUGUUACUGGAAUAAAGUUUGCAAUGUAAUGUUUGUAAUAUGUCAAAUGAUAAAUAUGCAUGGAAAUUGGAAGAAAGUGAUGAAUAAAAGCCAUCGUUAAUUCCUUGUCAGUAACCCUCUUUCUCUCCUCUCCCCUCCCCUCCCUUCCCCUCCCUAACCCAUCCCUUCUUCCCUUCCCCCUCCCAACCCCACCCUUCAAACAAUAUUACUGUAUACUUUUUACUAUAUUACUCAUACUGUAUUAAUGUUACAAUAAAUUUGAAUAAAUAAAGACUUAGUGGUUAAGGCAAA